ACUUGGAGCACCCCACAGGGUGCCAAGUGGCCCCUUGCAGGGCGCAGGCGCAGGCUGGUCCGCGAGACCUGGCCCACCUGGGACAGGGAGGAAAGGGGUGGGUGGAAUCGGGGAGGAGGAGCCCGAAGCGCCGGGAGUCUCCAUCCCGAGCUCAGGCCGCAUCCCCGACCAGGUAGAGGUGAGGAAGGAGGCCCCAGAAGUACUGGGAGCUUCACGGUCAACUAUGAUGGACACUUUAGAAGAAGAAAACUUCGCACUGGCUAUUUCUUCCGCUUCUGAUGCAGAAUUUGAUGCUGUAGUUGGAUGUAUAGAGGAUAUUAUCAUGGAUGGCGAGUUCCAAUUAUUACAGAGAAACUUCAUGGAAAAGUACUACCAAGAGUUUGAAGACACAGAAGAAAACAAACUCAUCUAUACUCCUAUUUUUAAUGAAUAUAUCUCUUUGGUCGAAAAAUAUAUUGAAGAACAGCUGCUUGAAAGGAUUCCUGGGUUUAACAUGGCCACUUUCACUACAACAUUACAACAGCAUAAGGAUGAAGUAGCAGGUGAUAUAUUUGACAUGCUGCUCACAUUUACGGAUUUCCUGGCCUUCAAAGAAAUGUUUUUGGACUACAGAGCUGAAAAAGAAGGCCGAAGUCUGGACUUAAGCAGUGGUUUAGUGGUGACAUCAUUAUGCAAGUCAUCUUCCAUACCUGCUUCUCAGAACAAUUUACGACAUUAGUUCACAUUUUCUGGAUAAGAGUUUAUCAUCUUGGACAUUCCAAACGUGAAAGAUGGUGAGUGAUCACAGCGUGAUGGACAACUUGCUCAGUGAUUGGGGAAUACAGCUGGAAAAGACUGAUCUUGUUCUGGUGCUUUUAAUUAAUGUUAAGUGUAGAGUGAUCAUAAAGAACUCUGCUGGAAUACUGGCUUCUCACAAAAUAUCCCCAUUAGCCCUGGUACACUGGCCAAAGUGGCCUCAACUCCCUGGUGCUUCUGACAGGGUAGGGAAAAGAGGAUUUUCUCUGUGUUUGUGUCUGUGUCUUGUGUCUCUCUAUGUGUGUAUACAUACAUUUUGGGAUGAAAUUAUAUCGGCCAUUUCAGUUAUUGCUCCUUUUCUAUAUAUGUUGUAUAGAGUUGGAAGGAGGGGGAGGAACCCAGGAUAGAUGUGUUAGCUGCACGUGUUUCUCUUAAAUCAAAAUAUUAUAACUUCUGUUUUUUAUCCCAAACAUGGACAGAUUUUUCACACACAUCUUUAUGUAAUACAAGGAUUUGUGAUACAAGUCUUUUCCCUGGUACACAUUUCAAUCCCAUGUUUUAUGGUGUCUUUUUAGACAGUGUGUAUUCAUCUAGAGACAAUUAAUCAAACCCAGCUCAUUUUCAUAAAGAUUUAUGAAGUUGAUGUUUUAACUUUCUCUCCACUGUAUUAGGAACAUUAGGGAGCACAGGAUUUGGCUGGAAACUUUCCCCCAAACUAAAAUGUUGUUUUCCUAGAAGUAAAAUGUAAAAACUAAUUUAUAGUUUUAGACUUGUAAAAAUCUCGUGACUUCAGCAUGUGCUGAGUCACAUAGCAGCAGUCUCAUCAUGUCUAGCCAAAACACUCUUUGAGAAUCUGCUGACGGUGUAUAUUUUAGCAGCAAAUUCUAAAAUUUUAUGAAUUUGGUUUGGGCAUUUCCAUGAACGUCCAGUUAGGAAGAAGGCUAAGUAUUAUAAAGCUUUUUAGGUUUAAAGUAUUCUUGGGUGAAAAAUUAUCUUACAUUAUUUCAUUUUGUCAGAAACCCUACAAGUUAUAUACAGAAGUGUAAUUUAUAUUGGAAAAGAGGAUUAAAACAUGUGCUUUUUUCAUAAUACUCCUAUGGUUAAUGUAAAUUUGAUCAAUUUUUCCUACAAAAAAAAAAGAGUAUGUCAUAAAUUUGUUUAUAUUCUCUCUCCUCUUACAACUUCUCCUCCCAAGAUGGUGUUCUACCAGUCCACAUGAGUAAGAGGAGGAAGUGGGCAAAAGCUUGAAUUAUCUUUGCUUUUUUCAGUGUAGGAAAAUGUUCAAUUUCUCUAAAAAGCAAGAGCUUUUGAAUUAUCAUUUCUAUUUUUUUUUUUUUUUUAGUUUGGGAAAAUGUUCAGUGUCUCUAAUAAGUCAAGGUACUUAUAAAAAAAUGUAUAUGUCAUAACACUUUGGAGAAAAUAGAUGGCUAUCUGACUUUCUUUAAAUUGAAAAUAAGAUUAUUGAAUUUUAAUUUGACUAUUCCAGGCAUGGACAGAAGAUUGUAUCUUUUUAAAUAUAUAUGUAUAUAUAUGUACAAAUAUACAUAUACACAUGUCAUGUGUUGAGAAACAUGGAUUGGUUGGGUUUUUUUGUUUUAUCUUGUUUUGUUUUUUUUUUACGAUAAGUGUAAUCUGACUCACUUCACCAGAACAUCAGAUACUCAAAUAUUAAAGAUCAUUCUUUCUUUAA